UCAAAAUAAAAAAAAAACAAUUAAAUAAAUGAAUAAUUAAAUGAACACAAUGGAGAAAGCAAGAAUUGGCAAAGAUUACGAUGACGGGGAACAGGUGGACGAAGACGAAGGAGGGAGACAGACGAAAUAUGAGAAAAAUUCUCUUAUUCUUGUUACUCUCGAACAUUCGACGCUCGUGAAAAAGAUGCUGAAACGGAAGGUGGACAUGAAGGGCUUCAGGGAGGAGGUGGAGAGGCUCAGACGAAGCAGAUUAAUCGUGAUCUUGAUCGUCUACUUCGCUCUCGUCUUGGACAACAUGCUGCUGACGGUGGUGGUGCCCAUCAUCCCCGACUACCUGUACCGCCAGGAGACGCAGACGCAGUCCUCCUCGCAGGAAGGCCCCGCCACGCCCAUCCCUCCCCGCCCGCCCCUCCGCUCCCACGCCCACGACGAGGAGCGAGGGGCGGCUCUAUGCAGGGGCGCAAGACCUUUCAGAACCCAGCUCCUGAAGGGGGAGAGCGAGAGAGGAUCCGAGGGACCUCCCGUGCCUGCUUCCGUCGCCGAGGUCGCAGGGGACGGGUCCGAGGCGCUGCCCUUCGCCCUCCUGCAGGAGAGAGGAGCCGAGGGCGAGGUCGGGAGAAGAGGGUUCCAUCGGGUCAAGAGAGGUCAUGCUCCGCCUUCGAGGGGAGGGUUCUCGGACACCCAGAGACGCGUCGCAUUCCUCCAAAAGGAAUCGAGAGACAGGUCCAUGCCAGCCGCCAGCCACAGCCGUCGCGGAAUGGCCACCAGUCCUUCCAGCCACGAUCCGGGUGUCCACAACCACACCCUCCCCCCUCCCCCGACGCCCCCCGGAGGCCGAGAACCACCCCAGGAAGUCCUACUCGACGAUUCCCCCGAGGAAAGUCCUUCAAGAACCUCGGAGACGCCACAAGAGGACCCCGACCCAGAACCGAAGACUCAGAGCAACGCCACCCAGACCGCAGCCGAAGCCGUAGCCACGCCGCACGACAUCAUCAACGAGAACGAACGCGUGGGCCUCCUGUUCUCGUCCAAGGCCUUCGUGCAGCUGCUGGUGAACCCGCUGGUGGGGCCUCUGACCGCCCGCGUCGGGUACUCGGUGCCGCUGGUCGCCGGGACGCACGUGCUCGUCCUCUCGGCGCUGAUGUUCGCCUACGCAGAAGUUUCUCCAUCAUGUUCCGGCGAGGAGUCUGCAGGUAUUGCGGUCAUCGUGCAUUGCUAUUGCCUGGGCAUCGUGGCCGAGUGCUACCCGGACGACGGCGAGCGUGGGCGUGUGCAGGGCCUGGUGAUGGGCGGCAUCGCGUUGGGCGUCCUGGCUGGCUAUCCCGCGGGCGGCCUGCUCUACGACUUCACCAAUUCGAAGACGCCGCCUUUUCUCUGGUCGGGGGGCUCGCCGUGGUGCUGGCAGUUGUCCAGUUGGCGGUUCUCAACCCUAGGCCUGUCCCUGAGCAUGCGUACCUGUUCAUCUCGACUCGUGGCAGCGACGCCCAUGAAACAACUUCUUCGCGACCCGUAUAUACUGGUGACAGCGGGUGCCAUCAUGGUCGCCACUUCCGCCAUGGCUGUGCUGGAGCCGUGUCUGCCCAUCUGGCUGACGGACACGCUCCAUCCAGAGACAUGGCAGCUGGGCACGGCCUUCAUCCCUGACAGCGUGGGCUACCUGCUGGGCACGAGCUGCACGGCGGGGACCAGCCUUCCGUGCCGGCAGGUGGAGGGUGGCCAUGUGCGCCCUCGCCCUCGUCGCCCUCGCCGCCGCCACGGUACCCGAGGCUCGCUCCAUGCUGGCACUCUCCGGCCCCACCUGUUCCUGGGCCUCGGGGUGGGCACCGUCGAUGCCACGCUGAUGCCCCUCCUGGCAUCCCUGGUCGACAGCAGGCACGCGGCGGACUAUGGGGCCGUGUAUGCCAUCGCGGAGGCGGCCGUGGCACUGGCCUAUGGCUUGGGUCCCCUGGUGGGCGGAGCCAUCGUCAAGCGCAUCGGCUUCCCUUGGCUCAUGCGCUCAGUCGCCAUCGUGAACCUGUGCUACUGCCCGCUGCUGCUGCUCCUCGCCUCCUUCGAGCACGACCCGGGCGAGGCGCAGGCGAUCCUCAUGGCCGCCCCCGACCCGGCUGACUACCGGGGCCACGCCACCUGCCCCGUCCAGCCCCACGAGUCCUCCCUCAGGUACCAGAAGCUCUUCGACGAGGAGGAGAGAGGAAGAGGCGUUUUUAAAAACCUUUUGGCUCCCGUUGGACAUAUUCUGGAUGGAAAAUGUACGGUGUCACACUGUGGGGCUCCAGCAAGCACUAAAUUGCCAGCUAUGAAACACAGAAGUUUUCACUCCUACGCAGACAUUAACAGAUAUGCUAUAAAGUUACGUUUUGUUGUCACAGAAACAGAUAAAAGUGAGGAACUGAAAGUAUAA